CCAAGUUUCUCCAUCAAUGCAUUUCUUCCACAUACAACUUCUCCAGACCACCCAAUCGUGGCGGGUUCGUCUCAACUCUGUGAUGUGAAGCAACAACUUGCAUUCGGUUUCUCAACUGCCAUGUGUUCGUCGUCGUCGUCGCUGUCGCCGACGGACGAGAAAUACAACGGGGAUUCCUGGUUUGCUGGUCACGGACCUGGCCGCUGUGGUAGCACCGGACCUGAGCCUAGACACGCAAAACGAAAAUUCCACGAGAUCAGCAGGCCAGUUGACUCUUCCGGAUGCAGAUGCUUUCUCGCAUAGCAUUUCUACUUGGACGCCGGCAGGUAGCAGAAAUUGGAGAGCUUUCGUUACGCCCACGCCUCUCCCAUACCCCUUCUUACACUACCUACACGAUCCUCUUGGGCCUGGCCCAUUGGACAGCCCUCGCUGGACUACUCUGGACUACCACAUGCCCACAUCAGAGAUUGGCCACCCCUCCCCGGAUUCUGCCUGUGCACCGCGCUCGUGUCGUAAAUAGCUCCGUGGCCGAAGGUCGGCGGCUGUCCAUCAUGUCUACCCCAAUUCCUUCCACCGGUUUCGACCGUAUUGGUCUGUCAAUUUACCUCCUGCUGUGCAAUUGGGUAAUAUCGACCAGCAUGAGUGAAGCAAGGGAGGAUGGCCUCGGACUCCCGUGUGGAAGUCGAUCAUCUCCGAACAGCGUGCCGAGGCAUGCCUACUUUGGUACCUACUUAACCACCUUGAAAGUAUCCGAAGCAGAACAUUAGCACAAAAUUGUCCUCCUUUCCACACGAUCACUCCUUGUGUUGGGUCUAGGGAGGGGACAAAUGGCAAAAUGUCAGCUUAUCCCUUUAAGAAAAGGAUCCGAACUACAAUUCGUGGGUUUCCAGGUCAUGGGACGGUUUUCUCCGUCUCAAGUGAACUGUAGCGCCAUUCCCAUAUGACCAUCCAAGCCAUUCCCCAACCGUCCACUUGGCGCGGGCUUUAUAAGUCAGCCACUGAUGAAUGACACUUACUACGUGCUGCUAUCUGGAACUUCUCAAUCGUCGUCGGGCUCUGUACCGACGGGCCAC